AUGCGCUGUUUCGUUUUAUUAACUAUUUUCGCCUGUUUUCUGGCCAUGGCAUGGUCGGCUCGUUCAGCUGGCCAACAAGCUACAAAUCUAUUUGAUGUAGAUGCCGGAAUUAACAGUGGCGAUGAGAAAGUACGCCAAGUAAGACAAUUUUAUGGCGGUUAUGGUCGUCCCGGUGGUUUCUACGGUCGCCCAGGAGGUAUAUAUGGACGUCCUGGCGGUUAUUAUGGCAGUCCAUUUGGCGGUCGUCCUUACGGAGGUUAUGGUGGCUAUGGCGGUUACCCCGGUGGUUUCUAUGGAUGA